GUAUCUCAGUCUUCAGCUUGACUAUUAUCUUACAACACAGCAUUUCCCAAGCAAGCCAGUCCUGGAACUCCAAACUUAUCCAAAAUGGGUCUAUCAAGUGCUUUGACAAGGAUGGCUCCUUUCUUCAAUAGCCGUUACAAGCUUCCCGUUCAUAUCGUCGAACUAUUGUUGGUUUUCGCAGUCAUUGUCCUGUCUAUCGUCCGACUUGCUAUGGGAAUGCCUCAACGAGCACAUAUAAUGGGAGUUGCUAUCGGUUUUAAAUCGGCCUUCUUCAUUUUGUACCAGCUCCUCACAGAACACACUCAAAAAUUCUCAAGGUGGGCCAGUAAAAAGGCCAACUUCAUUCUCAACUGCAUCGACUGCCCUUUCUGGGGUGCAAUGAUGUUUUUGUUAUUCCAGGCCAACAUAACGAAGACGUGUACCGGAACUUCUUGUGUUGUUAGCUGGAUCAUGGCGGUUUUGUCGAUUGCUCUAUUUCUUUUGUCUCACUGGGUUGCUUUCGAGUCUUAUUUCGAAUGGAAAUACCCCGCCAGCACGAAAACCACCCCAGACAAUAGCGACGGCAGUUCCUAUGAAGUAAUGAGAAUAGACAUGGAGUCGGCCGCUGGUAACAAGCACGUUGGACGAUAGACACACAUGAUACCCAUGGGAACUAGGAUACUGGCGAUCUAUAGAUGCCCACAUACGCGAGUUGAUAGAAGGAUUACGUAGGGCGGGAGCUUCCAGGUUCACGGUGGGAUUUUGUUAUUUUUUAGAUUAUGGCAGUUUUGGGUAUGGCGUCUCAGAUGGUUUUAUUCAUAAAUUAGGCCGAUAGAAAUAUAUUCC